AUGGCUACCAUGAGCUACCAGAAUCCUCAAGAGGUCCAGCAGGCCAAGGCGCAGGUUGCGGUGCAGCCGUGUCGCUACAAGACCGGGAAGACGCUGGGGGCGGGGUCCUACUCGGUGGUGAAGGAGUGCGUCCAUAUCGACACGGGCAGAUACUAUGCGGCAAAGGUCAUCAACAAGAGACUGAUGGCCGGGCGCGAACACAUGGUCCGGAAUGAGAUCGCAGUGCUGAAGCGCGUCUCCAUGGGACACCGAAACAUCCUCACGCUCGUCGACUAUUUCGAAACUAUGAACAACCUCUACCUCGUCACGGACCUUGCGCUGGGCGGGGAACUCUUCGACCGCAUCUGCCGCAAGGGCUCGUACUACGAAUCAGACGCGGCGGACCUCAUCCGGGCGACGCUCUCGGCGGUGGCCUACCUCCACGACCACGGCAUCGUGCACCGGGACCUCAAGCCGGAGAACCUCCUCUUCCGCACACCAGAAGACAACGCCGACCUCCUAAUCGCCGACUUCGGGCUAUCGCGGAUCAUGGACGAGGAGCAGUUCCACGUGCUAACGACGACGUGCGGCACGCCGGGCUACAUGGCGCCCGAGAUCUUCAAGAAGACCGGACACGGCAAGCCCGUCGACAUCUGGGCCAUCGGCGUCAUCACGUACUUCCUACUCUGCGGCUACACGCCCUUCGACCGGGACUCCAACCUCGAAGAGAUGCAAGCCAUCCUCGUCGCCGACUACAGCUUCACACCCAUCGAAUACUGGCGCGGUGUCAGCCUGCACGCGCGCAAUUUCAUCAAGCGCUGCUUGACCAUCGACCCCACGCAGCGUCUCACAGCGCACGAGGCCCUCUCGCACCCCUUCGUCGCGGGCGACAUAUCGGGCGCGACAGGCACAGGCCCGGGCGCAGGAGCCGCGGACCUGCUCCCCGUCGUCAAGAAGAACUUCAACGCGCGCCGCACCCUGCACGCUGCUAUCGACACGGUGCGCGCUAUCAAUAAGCUGCGCGAGGGCCAGCAGCACGGCUUGAUGGACGGCGUGACGUCGACGGAUCCGGCGCGUGGCGCGCGGCCCCUUGUAGCGCGCGCGGAUGCGGAGGACUCGGGCGUGGGCCUGGCUGCUGAUGCCCAGAUGGAUGUCGAUGUCGAUUCGGGGCCGGGGGUAGGAGUGUCGGGGUUGGACAGCGGCGAUGGUGCUGGUGCUGGUGCUGGUGGGAUGGUGGAGAGGCAUGCGCAAACGCAAUCGAGAAAGAUCACAGAGUCUACAACUACGAAAGGGUUAUGGAAUGGAUCAACGACGACGAAGAAUGUAGUAGGAAGAUCAUAA